AUCACCCUUCCCGCCGCUGCCCAGCCUCUCGGACUGCCUGCAUACUCGGCCUGCUCGCAGCGACGCCUAGACUGCUUCCUUUGCCUGGCAAUCCGUGCCUCUCGCGCCACCAGCACCACUCUCACGCCCCGGCGCUGCGCCCGGCCGCCUGACGCGUCAUGGUGCGCCCUCAGGCGACGGCGAGCCGCAUGCGCCUGCAGAACACAGGCCCGCUCUACACCAAGGGCGCCUCGACCGAUGCGCUGCUGAAGAAGCUCAAGGCGGUGCAGAAGGAGCUGUCGGAGAUGGAGCAGGAGCUUAUCGACACGGCCUCUCUCAAUCCGCUCACGAAGCAGCUGAUCGCGAAUGGCAUCAUCCACCACAAGUCGGACGCCGUGCGGGCGAGCGCGGCCUGCUGCCUGGCGGACUUGUUGCGGCUGUAUGCGCCCAAGGCGCCGUACACAGCGAGCGAGCUGAAGGACAUCUUCGCCUUCUUCAUCGACCGCCUGAUCUCGCAGAAGGGCGGCCUGGCGAAGCCGGGCAGCGCCGACUACGCCGACUGCUUCUACCUGCUCGAGAAUCUGAGCAACGUCAAGAGCAUCACGCUCGUGACGGACCUGCCGGGCGCCGACGAGAUGAUCACCGAUGUCUUCCGCGGCUUCUUCGAUCUCAUCCGGCCGGAGAUCACCAAGAACGUCGAGAUCUGCAUGGCCGACAUUCUGGUGCAGCUCAUCGACGAGUGUGUGUCGCUGCCGUCGGACGUGCUCGAGAUUCUGCUGUCCGCCUUCACCUCCAAGGCAGAGAAAGCGAACCCGGCCGCUCAUCGGCUCGCUGUAGAGGUCUGCUCUGCGACCAAGGAUCGGCUGCAGAAGAAUAUUGCUCAGUACUUCUCGGAGGUCAUCGUCACGGCCUCGUCCGAGGAGGGGCAGGUCGAGCGGGAGAAAGGUCUGCGCACGGCACACGGCCUCGUGAUCCAGAUCAACCGCGCGGUGCCAGCACUGCUGCUCAACGUGGUACCGGCGCUCGAGGAGGAGCUGCGCACAGAAGAUCUCAUGGUGCGCCAGAUCGCCACCAAGACGCUCGGCCAGAUGUUUGCCGAGAAGACGGGCAGCGACCUGGCACGCAAGUACAGCUCGACGUGGCGCGAGUGGCUCGGCCGCGCCAACGACCGGCACACGACGAUUCGCAUCUCGUGGGCAGAGGCUGCCGGGCCGCUGCUCACUGUGCUGCGGCCCGAGCAGCGCGAGGAGCUCAAUCAGGUCGUGUUCGCGAAGCUCGGAGAUCCAGACGACAAGGUGCGCGCCGCCAUGGUGCACACGCUCGGCACGCUGGACUACGAGACGGCGCUGCACCACGUCGAGAAGCGAGUCUGGGAGGAGACGGCGGUGCGCUGCAAGGACCGCAAGGCAGGUGUGCGCGCGCAGGCAUUCGACACGCUCGGCCGCGUCUACAAGCUCGCGCGCGGCGAGCUGAUCAGCCGCGACCCGAAGGCCACUUCGCAAUUCUCGUGGAUCCCGCGCGAGGUGCUCAAGGCCAUCUAUUGCAAGGACCCGGACAUCAUGCAGCACGUCGCUGCGGCACUGGACCGCCACUUCCUGCGCCUUACCGUGGGCGCGUCCGAGGACGAGUGGGCCGGGCGCCUGCUGCUGGUCAUGUCGCAGCUCGACGACUCGGCUCGCAAGGCGCUGCUUCGCCUGACGAACCUGCAGAAGGCGCGCACGAAGUUUGUCGCCUUCGUGCAGGCGUGCGAGGCGUACAAUGGCGGCAUCAUCGACCAUGACGAGGACUUGGUGAAGCGCAAGUUGACUGACUCGAUCAAUCAGAUGGCGAGCCAGCUCGCCGAUGCGCAGAAGACCAAGGUCGACCUGUACGCGUUCGCGAAGAUGAACGACAACCGCGCCUACAAGCUGCUGCGCAUGUGCUUCGACGAGGCGACGGACCUCAAGGGCCUGAUCAAGGCGCGGACCGACGUGCUGCAGCGCAUCCGCGACAAGGACGCCGGCGUCGCGGACACGAUGGAGCACCUGCUGCGCGCAGCCUGCCUCUUCAUCGUCAACCGCUCGACGAUUCCGACGCUCAUCCGUAAGCUGCAGGACAGUAAGGACGUCGGCGACGUUGGCAUGACGCCUGCUGGAGACGUCGGCGACGAGACGCAGGGCACGAUCCUGGCGACAAGCGCUCGCGAGGCGGAGCUCAGUGCUGCUCGCCGCGACUCGGAGUUCCUGCUGCGUGCCGUGGCGAAGAACUGCCCCAAGAUCCUGACGUCGCACGUGCCCGAGCUCGUCAAGGCGCUCAGUGCCGAGUCGAACCACACGCUCGCCAAGGAGAGCCUGCGCGCGCUCGCAGCGGUCGCGCUCAACGAGCCGGCCGCCAUGCCGGUGGAGCGCAAGGCCAUCGAGCGCUUCUCGCGCUACGUCCGCUUGGGCACGAUGCACGAGGCCAAGUAUGCGGGCCGCCUCAUCUCCGUUCUCAGCAAAGGCAAGAAGGCCGGCGCCACUGCCCUCGACGCGCGCGGUGCGCAGCUGGCCCAUACCGCUGCCGAGCAGCUGGCCGAGGAGCUCACGAAGCGGCUGCCCACGUCGAGUGGCGAGCGCCUCGUGGCCGACCUCGCUGCACUCGGCCAGAUCGUCAAACAUGCGCCGGAGGCGGCUGCCGACGUUGGCGAUGCGAUCGUGCGCCACCUCCUGACGGGCAUUCUGCAGAAGCCCUGGCCGGCCGACGAGACAGUGGCCGCGGAAGAGGAAGACGAUGCGCCUUCGUGGGUGGAGGACGACGACAUGAGCACGAGCCUGCGCUCCAAGCUCCUCAGCCUCGACCUGCUCACGAAGCGUUGCAUGGCGUACGCCAGCGCCGACGGCGUGACGGACGUCGCUGUGCCAGUCUUUCGCCUGCUCUUCGCGACGCUGACGUCCGGCGAGCCUCGGCCACUCGGUGCGUCGCCGGCGUCGAAGAGCCGCAUGCGCCUGCAGGCCGGCAUCUGCAUCCUCAAGAUGGCACGCGUCGACAAGCUGGAGCAGUGCAUCAAGCACGAGUUUGUCAGUCUCGCGCUAAUGGUGCAGGACGAGUGCUCCAACGUGCGCACCCUUUUCCUCUACAAGCUGCUCCUCUUCCUGCGCAAGCGUGUGCUGCCGCCGCGCUUCAACGCCGCGCCCUUCCUCGCAGCCUACGAUCCGGAUGAGGAGAACCGCCAGAUGGUCGUCAACUACGCGCAGUCGAUGUACCGCAACAUGCCCGGCGAGUGGCGCAUGAAGCUGUUCGAGCUGCCCUUUACGCGCUUCCUGCAUCUGCUGGCGCACCACCCGGACUUUGGACGCGACUCGGUCGAGGAGCUGUCGGACUCGGGCAAGUACAUCGACUUCUAUCUCGAUGCUCUCGCCAAUGCCGAGAACGUCGGCCUGCUCUACCACCUCGCCACGAAGCUCAAGGGCGUGCGCGAUGUCGAGACGUCGGCCCACUCGGACAACCUCUACACGCUCAGCGAGCUCGCGCAGCUGUACAUCCGGCUGCGUGCCGCGAGCCAGAACUGGACGAUCCAGACCUACCCGGGCAAGACCCGCCUGCCCACCGACAUCUUCCGGCCGCUGCCCAGCCGCGAGGUGCAGAAAGAGGUGUACGAGCGCGUCUUCAUUCCAGAGGCGACCGUUCUGGCGCUGACAGAGCGCAAGAAUCAUCAGCCGGGAGCGAAGCGCCGCGCCGCAGGUGCAAAGGAGCGUGUGGCCCGGCCCAAGGCGGCGCCGAAGGCACGGGUCAGCAAGGCGUCCGCUCCCAAGCGCAAGCGCAAGGCAGACGCCGCCUCCGACGACGAGGACGAGGCAGGCAACAGCGAUGCCUCGGACGACGAGGAUGCCGCGUCGGCGCUCAGCUCCGAGGAGGAAGAGGAGCCCGACACGGACGGCGAGGCCGCCGAGGGCCGCGGCGCGCGCGCCAAGCAGCAGAAGCGCGACGCCGUGCGCAAGCGCAACGAGCUCAAGCGCCAGCGCAAGGCUGCGGCGGCCAAGGAGAACCGCGAGGGCUCGCUCUCGUCUGCUGCCUCUGCCUCAGACGACGACGGCGAUGCUGAGAUUGAGCAGCCGUCGAAGCGGCCCAAGACCGCCGGCGCGACACGCUCGCGACGGGCUGCUGCCGCUUGAUCCGUUCCUCUCUGUGCCUCUGCCCUGCCUGCUUAUCUUCCCGUCGACGUGUCGCGCCUGCCCAUGUAGUUCUACGCCUGCGGAUUUCAUUGUCAUCGUCAGAGCCGCUCAAAGACCUUGUCGGCAAAGUGGUC